AUGAGAUAUUAUUAUUCGUUACUCAACAAUAUAAACAACGCUUCGAAACGUAUAGAUACACAUAAAAUUUUAAAAAAUGAAUUAUUUCAAUAUUUAAAUGGCCAAAAAUCAAUAUCAUUAAAUAAUCAAAAUAUUCGUAUAUCAAAUGAUGAAGAACGUUUAUUAUGUUUAUCAAUGCUUGCAACAUUUAUUCUUCGUCAAUUACCUAGAGGUGAUUUAGAUGAUGCAAAAACUGAAAUAUUACUACAAUUAAUUCUUGAUAUUACUGACAGUAAACAACAAAAAGAAUUUCGUGUUAUAUUUCUUGAUCGUGGAGACAUUCCAUUUACUAAUGAACCUGACUUAGUUUGA